GGUAACGCCGCCGCUGCCGCCAUAUUGACGGAGCUGGGUACUGGGAGGGGGCCCUAGGAAACUGGGUGGGGGACAGAAUCAACGCCGAACUACAGUCGCGGUGGCGGCAGUGGUGAGCACAAGCCGAGUAGAGCUCUCCGUGAGGCAGCACAGUUUUCCUGUCUAUGGGGAGCGGCUGCCCGCGGCGGCGAUCCUCCGCUCACAGCCUCUGAGGGCACCCUGCAGCUAGGGCAGCGGUCGCUGAAGGAGGGGCUUCAUAACUAGGGGGUUCUGGUGGUGGUGGCGGCGGCCGGCAAGCUCAAACGACGGGAUGCGCGGCUGCGCCAGUGGUUGGCAGCUCCUGCUCAAGUGCUCCUGAAGGGGCGAUGCUACCGUUUUCUCCUCAGGACGAGCUCUGGAACCAAGAAAUGGAGGUUUUCGGAGGCGGCGCGAGCAGCGGCGAGGUAAAUGGUCUUCAAAUGGUUGAUGAGCCAAUGGAAGAGGGAGAAGCAGAUUCUUGCCAAGAUGAAGAUGUUGUUAAAGAAAUCCCUAUUACUCAUCAUGUUAAGGAAGGAUAUGAGAAGGCCGAUCCUGCACAGUUUGAGUUGCUCAAGGUUCUUGGUCAGGGAUCCUUUGGAAAGGUUUUUCUUGUUCGAAAGAAGACUGGUCCUGAUGCUGGGCAGCUCUAUGCAAUGAAGGUGUUAAAAAAGGCUUCUUUAAAAGUUCGAGACAGAGUUCGGACAAAGAUGGAAAGGGAUAUAUUGGUGGAAGUAAAUCAUCCAUUUAUUGUCAAAUUACACUAUGCCUUUCAGACUGAAGGGAAGCUCUAUUUAAUACUGGAUUUUCUCAGGGGAGGAGAUGUCUUCACAAGAUUAUCCAAAGAGGUUCUGUUUACAGAGGAAGAUGUAAAAUUCUACCUUGCAGAACUGGCCCUUGCUUUGGAUCAUCUGCACCAAUUAGGAAUUGUCUAUAGAGACCUGAAGCCAGAAAACAUUCUGCUUGAUGAAAUAGGACAUAUCAAGUUAACAGAUUUUGGACUCAGCAAGGAAUCAGUAGAUCAAGAAAAGAAGGCUUACUCAUUUUGUGGCACAGUGGAGUAUAUGGCUCCUGAAGUAGUAAAUAGGAGAGGCCAUUCCCAGAGUGCUGAUUGGUGGUCAUAUGGUGUACUUAUGUUUGAAAUGCUUACUGGUACUCUGCCAUUUCAAGGUAAAGACAGAAAUGAAACCAUGAAUAUGAUAUUAAAAGCAAAACUUGGGAUGCCUCAGUUUCUUAGUGCUGAGGCACAAAGUCUCCUAAGGAUGUUAUUCAAAAGGAAUCCAGCAAAUAGAUUGGGUUCAGAAGGAGUUGAAGAAAUCAAAAGACAUCUUUUUUUUGCAAAUGUUGACUGGAAUAAAUUAUAUAGAAGAGAAGUUCAACCUCCUUUCAAACCUGCUUCUGGAAAACCGGAUGAUACUUUUUGUUUUGAUCCUGAAUUUACUGCAAAAACACCUAAAGAUUCUCCUGGUUUGCCAGCUAGUGCUAAUGCUCAUCAACUCUUCAAAGGAUUCAGCUUUGUUGCAACUUCUAUUGCAGAAGAAUAUAAAAUCACUCCUGUUACAAGUGCAAACGUGUUACCAAUUGUUCAGAUAAAUGGAAAUGCUACACAAUUUGCUGAAGUAUAUGAAUUAAAAGAGGAUAUUGGUGUUGGCUCCUAUUCUGUUUGCAAGCGAUGCAUUCAUACAGCUACCAACAUGGAAUUUGCAGUGAAGAUCAUUGACAAAAGUAAGAGAGACCCCUCAGAAGAAAUUGAAAUUUUGAUGCGCUAUGGACAACACCCCAACGUUAUUACUUUAAAGGAUGUUUAUGAUGAUGGUAGAUAUGUUUACCUUGUUACGGAUUUGAUGAAAGGAGGAGAACUACUUGACCGUAUUCUCAAAAAAAAAUGUUUCUCAGAACGGGAAGCUAGUGAUGUACUGAUUGUAAUAACUAAGACAGUUGACUAUCUUCAUUGUCAAGGAGUUGUUCAUCGUGAUCUUAAGCCUAGUAAUAUUUUAUAUAUGGAUGAAUCAGCCAAUGCAGACUCCAUUAGAAUUUGUGAUUUUGGGUUUGCAAAACAACUUCGAGGGGAAAAUGGACUUCUCUUGACUCCAUGCUACACUGCAAACUUUGUAGCACCUGAGGUUCUUAUGCAACAGGGCUAUGAUGCUGCUUGUGAUAUUUGGAGCCUGGGUGUCCUUUUUUACACGAUGCUGGCUGGCUACACUCCAUUUGCUAAUGGCCCCAAUGAUACUCCUGAAGAGAUACUGCUACGUAUAGGCAAUGGCAAGUUCUCAUUGAGUGGUGGAAACUGGGACAAUAUUUCAGAUGGAGCAAAGGAUUUGCUCUCCCAUAUGCUACAUAUGGACCCACAUCAGCGAUACACUACAGAACAAGUAUUAAAACACUCAUGGAUAACCCACAGAGACCAGUUGCUGAAUGAUCAGCCAAAUAGAAAUGAUACAUCACAUGUCAUUAAGGGAGCAGUGGUCACCACAUAUUCUGCCCUGACUCACAAGACCUUUCAACCAGUCCUUGAGCCUGUUGCUGCUUCAAACUUAGCUCAGCGACGCAGCAUGAAAAAACGAACAUCAACUGGCCUGUAAGAUUUCUAGUGUUCACCUCAGCCAUACUGGAUGAAGAAAAAAUUAAAUGUGUGGCUUUUUGCCUAAUCUUAUAUCAAAGGCAUCAUCUUCUACAUUACUUGAAUAUUCUAUUUAAAUGCCUUUUUUUAGGGAGAUGAGAUUUAAAAAACACAGGUCCACAGUACUCAUACAAUGUUGUUUUGCAGUAGUGUCCAAGUGUUCAAGUAUAUAAUUGGUGUCUACAAGGUCCUAACAAUUUUUCUGCACACUCACUUGUAAAAUUCCUUUCAAAAAAUUUACUUUAAUAGUUUUUCUGGUCUCAUAAAAUAAUGAUUUGGGGAAUCAUUACCAAUAAUCAGGAUACAAAUAUAAUAGUAUACUGCCAAGCAAUGUAAAUUAUUUUUUAACAUCAGAUCCUGAAGAAUAGGCUUUUUUAAAAAGAAAAACAAAAAAAUGUAUCAUAGAAGCUUGUUAUUGUGUACAACCAAAGGACUACAUUCAUUUGUGCUAAUAUGUGAACUCCUGAUAUAGCUGGUGCCAAAGUUUUUACAAAAGAAUUAAAUCACAAAUUAUGUGUGCAGACAGACCUGUAUACUACCUAUAAAUGUCCUCAUCUAGAAAUUAAAAAAAAAAAGAAUUAAAGGUUUCAAUAAGUCCUCUGUAAAUUUUACAUCUAAUGGAAUUGUAGUACAAUUGAGAAAUUUUUUAGCCAAAGGCUUUAUACUGGUGUCGUAAUCUACUAAAUAGGUUAUAGUUAAGCCUUUGAAAAUAAAGUACAUGUGUUGCUACUACGUUCAUGAUAUGUAAGCUGAGUUUCAAGUUAAUCAAUUGGAUUUAAUCAUUAUCUGUCCCUUUUAUAAUGAACUACACUGUUGUUUUUUGGCCUUCCAAAAUUGGAUUACAGUGUAACAUAUUAAUUUACCUUGAAUCCUAUGGUAAUAUAGUUUAAAUUUUAUUGUAGUGGAUUUAGCACACAUGAUACAGUAUAAUGCAUUUCAGUAAACCUUUAGAUAAUGCUACAAAGAGAUAACCUGACAUUUUGAAAAGGAAGCAAUAUUAAUGGUUUACACAAAAUCUGAACACAUUUUUAAUCGUAUUUAUAAAAAAAGUCUGACAAAUUUGGUCUUAUUAAACUUAUGAUUCAGAACCACUGGGUAAUAUAUAUUGUUUUCUCUAAAUGAUGGAAUUUUAAAGAAUCUUUUCAUGUUGUUGAAGAAAAUACCAUUACUGCUACUACUACUACUAUUACUAUUAUUACUACUACUACUGACAGAAAGAAACUCAUGAAUGUAAACUGGAGGAUAUUACAGUUUUGUUUAGUGAAUAUAAAUGAACUACUUGUAAGUGCUAAAUGUACUGUUUGCUGUGUAUUUUAUUUUGUUUAAUUCAGAGAGAAAGUUGAUUACUGAGCACUGAAGUAUACAGUUUAGGCUAGAAGACUUGUAACUUCGGUAUUCAAUAAAGGAAACUAUACAUAUUCUCUUUAUAAUGUAAGUGAUAUAUAUUCCAUGUACAAAAAUCUGUUUAUUGGGUGUGAUGUAUAAAAGUAUAUACCCUUAAUUUGAGAUGUCUUUUUGCAAUAAUUGAAAGACAUUAAAAAAACAUCUAAUGCCACAUGGAAAACAUUACUUAGAAAUAGACUGGUAUCAUAUCUUGUGGAUUUUUAUUUCCCAAUUUGGCCUUUUCUUUCCUCAUUUUGCUUUAUUACUAGAAGUACUUGCAUGUAACAAUUUGUGUCCAUAUAUUUUGACUUACUUUCCUCUUGUCAUCUUGUUUGUGCUGUCAUGCCUUCUUCUUAUCGGAAUUAAUAUAACAAACUAAGAGGUAUGAUUUUGGUGUUGAACUUCUCAGAACAGAGAUAAUAUUUCCAUGUAUGCUUUUCUAGUAAUAGCAUUAGGGUAAGUGAAAUUGGAAAGUGAAAAAUUAUCACAAAAUAACUUUCAAUCUUUCCAUAAUCAAUAGUUUUUAAAAGUAGCUGAUCUUAAUUAAUUUUUCAGUGAGGUUACUCAGAAGGGUACUAUCAUACAGUCCUUUCAUGAAAGGAACACAGAAUUAAGCAAUGAACAACAUGAUUCUUCAUUGCUCAAUGAGGACUGACAAAUUAUAAAGGACACAGAUAUGCUAGUGGAUUUUCCCAAUAAUUGUGUAAAACAUUUCUGCUGGAAAGUUCAAACAAAGUAGGUUAAAAACAGUAAUUGGGACAACCCUACUGUAAGGGAAGUCUUCAAACUAUAUACCCUGAUUUUGUAGAAGGAAUCCAGGUAGGGAUGUCUAGAGCUAGCUUUUUUGCUAGAGCAAAAAAGGCAGAUGUGAAUGGGAGCUUUUUUGGUGGGGCUUCUAAAAUGCUUAACCACUGAAACAAAUCCUUUCUAUAAAAUUUUAGGAUAUUGUUUUUAAUGGAUUCAUGAACAAUUAAUUUGCAUUGUUUUUCUUUCUAGUUGAUGGUUCUUGCUAGUAUUUAAUGAUAGCACAAUUUGAGUUUUUAUUGUUCUGGAAGGAAGAGGAUAUUAUAUUUUUUUCCUGAAAGGGAAAACACCAGGUUUGCCCAGAUAGACUAACAAUUUAUUAUCCUAAAGCGCAUAUUAUCAUGAAUAAACUCAGGAAACCAUUGGUAAGAUAAUUAAGAUUUAGUGGUGGUGAUUUUGUGGGGGAGAAUGGUUUCAGUUAUUUCAUGAAAAUCAAACUUGAGCCUAUUUUGUUAGACCCAGAAAUGCCUAAACCUAAUUUUUUUAAUUUAUUGUCAUUGAUAAUUACAUAUAGUAAAACAUUUUGAUAGAACCUCUGGUUAACCCAAAGGGAUUUCUUAUGUAUAAGCAACCCACAAACUUAAGAACAGAUGCUUGGUGUUUACAAUGUCUCCUCAUUGAAACAUCAUGUUAAGAUAGUACUGUCCAUAGGAAGUUACUCAUACUGAUUUGAAUAGUAUUUUCCUGACAGCAUGAGGCCCUUCAUAUAUGAAAAAGGAAAAGAACUGCUUAACUUGGCCUUAAGAUCAACUAGAAAGCUUAGGAUUUAAACUAGGCAAAGUAUGUCUGUGGCAUUCUGUAUAUUCUUUUUCCCUGGCUUUCCAGUCCCCACAUGCUAUCCUACUUGCGUACCUCACAGAGGACUCCAUCAUGAUUAAAGCUUACUCCAGAAGGAUUCUCUGCCCCAAAAGCACCUCACACCCUUUCCCUUCCCCAAAUCAGAACUUCCAUUCUCACAGAGCAGCUAUAUUCAGCUAAAAGGAUGAAAGGAGAGUGAUCUCAUUUAUAAAUUAAUUCUCUUUUUUUGUCAGUGGCUAAUAAAUAAUUGGCAUUUUUCAAGGAAGAUGUCCGUUAAUCUAAUGAAUUUCUAGUUGCUGGAUUUUUAGGCAAUCUAACCGGAUGAGAAUAAAUUGUUUAUCAGUUAUUAUCAGGGAAGUUAUUUCUGGGCAAGGAAUUUACACAAUAUGCCCCAGGAUCAGAUUAUCUCAUAAACUGUUUCUAUUGUGCCCUGCUUCAUCCUUUCUACUUCUCAUUAUACUUUUUCUCUUCCAAGAAACUUCCAAACUUUUUAAUCACAAUGAACUUAUAUGAUAGAAUGGUGUGGAGGGAGAGACAGUUGUUAAGUGCAUAUCUAUCUGUAUUCUUGUUUCUCAUAGUUCAUAGCCUAUAACAUAAGGAGUCUCCAGCUCCCCCAGCCUCUAUUCCUAUUGUAUUGAUAAAUAAGAGCAUAGAAAUGUUGAGUACAAACUAUCAGUGGAGUCCAAGUCUGCAGAUCCUUUGUCUACAUUUCAGGACACAGAGAUCCUUGAUCUUCUCAACAAGAAUGCAAGCCAUAUUAAGUCAACUGCAAUUAAAAUCCUUUAGAACAUUUUCUUACAUUUCAAAGCUUAUUUAGGUAUUUUUGAUGUGUAUCUCAAUAUAAACGAUUGCUGAAAUUAACAGAACAAUUCAGUAGUGUGCUAUCUGCCUUCCUAUGCAAGAGUGCAGUGGCAUUGAUAGUGAUUACUCACAAAUAAAUUAUACUCAUGGAUGCACUGUUCCUGGUUUUAUCCUUACAAUAUAGUGAAGUCCGUCAUAUCAUUUGAAUAAAAUGAUAAUGCUUGAUCACCUAAAAUUCAGUUUGGUUGCUAACUCUUGAAGGUAGUCCUAAAUUGUCCUAAAUUGUAAGGAUAAGUUUCUUUGAAAUAUGAAGAAAAAUACAAAGGGAAAGUAUUUUUAGAAUAUAUAAAUUCAAGUUUGUUUAUAUAUAUUCCACAAGUUAUGUACCUUUUUUAUUGACCAGCAAGAAAUCUUAGCUAAAUGCUUAGAAAUAAAUAUAUAUGUGAUUGGCAAGUUAGGAUUUGUUCUAUAUUCACAUUUCUAAACCUUGGACAAUAGAGCUUCCUUGGAUGACUGUUUAGCUUUUGUACUAUUUGUCUAAUUAUGUGAACUAAUUUACUCUUCAAAGGGUAUUUAUUAAACAUCUAAUUUUAUGUAGAACAGUUCUAGAGAACGUACUAAGUGCAUUAGUUUAUUAAUAAAUUGUCAUAAUGUGACCAAUUGGAUUUAUUUGCUUUUUUCUUUCCUAUCAAACUAAUAUUACUCAGGUCACAUUUGAGUUCUCUUUUCAAAUUCACUCAGAAAAUAGAUACCACUAAUAGCAAAAAAUGUAAGUUUGUUUUUUAAUAUAAUAAUUUUUUUUAACAUCACAAAGGCAUUCUAGCAAAAAAACCCAUCCAUUUUAAAAGUUAUAGAAGAAACCUUAGUUAAAUAUCCAAAUGCCAGCAUGGUUUGGAAAUGAGAAUUUAUUUUGCAUUAAAAUCCACAGUACAAAAAAGAGAGAAUAUGGUUUUUCUGUAUUUGAUUCAAAAAAAAAAAAACAGUACUGUUGGUAGUUGUGAGUUACAUAAGAUUUAUGCAGAGAGAACAAAGCUUGGGGCUAUAGUUACAAUUAAAAAUGCCUUGCCAACACUUCCUAUAUACUUUGGGAUUCCUAAACUUAUUUCCUGAUAUAGAAAAUAUAUUUCCUUGCAUUUUAUUACACCUCUCAAGGCAGAAGUGGUGUUAAAUAGAAAUUGUGUGUACUUUAAAACUCAAAAGUUGCAAUUUAAAAAAAAAAGGUCCCAAUUGUUCAGAUAACUGUAUUUCUUUCUCUGACUACAUUAUGGAAUUUAUACCAUCAUUUAUUUUAUAAAUGUUUUCUUUAAAGCACUAUUUCUUUUGACAUUAUGGUUUUCAUUGUACUUUUUUCAUAUAAGAUCAAAUCCAGUAGUGCAUUUUACAUUGUUUCUUUCCCUCACAGUGCUGCUAAAGAAAUGGCUAUCAUUUUGAAUUUACAACAUGCCAAAGAUGACAUAGAAAUUAUUUUUGUUCUUGUUAAAACUCUGUGAGCAACAUUUAUCACGAUAUCAUGUUAAAUUGCUGGCAUUCUCUGGGUACUAAAUAAAAAGGCUGCAACUUUCUAACAUUUUA